AUGACCCUCAAAUACACUCCAUUAACGGACUUCCGACUCCCAGACUAUCCAGACGCACCCUUGACUCUGGAUGGCGCGCCCCUCGGCAUCGUCGACACAGAAUCUCUAGCAUCAGAAAUCACCAACAACAAAAAUACUACCAUUCCCCCAGCAAUAGGCAUAGCAACCCUCCUCUACAACUGGCACCCCAACGCACUCGCCGCAUUUCUCGAUCUCGACGCCUGGUUUUCAUUCACAUGGACUGUAUCCAUCGAACCAGGCACACCAUCCGGCUGCAAGAUAGAAAUCGGCCGUAUCGGCAAUCAAAUCACAUUCGGCCAGCUAGAUGCAAGUGGCGAGAACUGGGCGAUAAUGUUAACCUACAACAUCAAGGAACCCCCGAAAAAAGGAACUUGGAUCCCCAACCCAAAAGAAUCUAUGCUUGGCCCCCGCGAUAUCACCUCCUCUGCCCUAAUCCCGCGCCUCGCCUCCACCCUGCUAUCCCGCCUCCUCGUGCAACGCCGCUGGGAAACCGGUAAGCGUAUAAAACACAACCUGUGCGUCGAGUACGCGCCCAUGGAUAUCUGGGGCGACGGCAUACCCAUGUCUCCGCACUGGCUCUACAAAGCCCUUGAUCUCAGCACGUGCACUAGUUGCGGUUCGGCUGGCGCCGCAGACAAAGCGCUCCAACGUUGUGGCAAGUGCGGGACUGCGACAUAUUGCUCGGAUGCAUGUCAGAAGGGGGACUGGAAGGUGCAUAAGGGGGUUUGUACGAUGGGGUUGGAAGAUAGGGGCCAGGCGAUUCGGUUGGUGGAGAAGGGGGGGUUGAUUGCGUGGGAUGAGGAGAGGAUGUUUGCGGUCGAGGGGAGCGAGGAGGUGAGUCGGAAUCCGUAUUUUGAGGGGUGUGUGGGGAAGAGAGUUAGGGCUGUUGUGAGCAAUAAGGAAUAAUAGAGGGGAGGUUGGGGAAAAGAUAGGGUAGUGGUAAUGCUCUCUUUUUUUUGUAGAUGUCACUACUCAUUUAUUUUGUCAUGUCAAAUCGUUAGGCUGUAUUGUUCAUCAUAUCCCAUUCUUCGAUUCAUUGAGAGAAUGAUCCUACGCAGAUGCCUUUUUCCAAGUGAAGAUCCAAUCUUUCAAGACCGCAAAGAAGAAAAGUAAUGAAUAAGGAAUACACAUCGACAAUACAUUCCCUCAGACCCGUGAUGCCACAUUCCACACAUACCAAUUCAUUGAUGAAAUCCCACAAAGUUUCCUGAUGGCUAUG